AUGGCGUCGUCGUCGCUCGACCCGAUACGCUCCCUCCUCUUCGCCAACCCAAUUGCCAUCACGAUAGGAGAUGCGCUCAACUCCUUCUCCGAGCGCAGAGCCAAGCUCGGCCUGUCCAACCCUGGCACCAUCGAGACCCUCGCCAAGGAGGUCCAGCGCGAUGUCUUCCUCAACAACUACAUGUUCACCGGCAUCCGCGCCGACCUGACCAAGAUCUUCAGCAUGGCGCCGCUCUUCCAGGUCUCCCACCAGUUCGCAAUGGGCGAGCGCAUCAACCCCUACACCUUUGCCGCCAUGUACGGCACCGGCAAGGUCUUCUGCCAAGGCAACAUCGACAACGAGGGCUCUCUCUCCGGCCGCUUCAACUUCCGCUGGACCGAUAAGCUCGUGUCCAAGUCGCAGCUCUCCAUCUCCCCCGGCGGCCAGGACAUGGCCCAGUUCGAGCACGAGUACACCGGCAAUGACUUCAGCGCCUCCCUCAAGAUGCUUAACCCCUCGUUCCUCGAGGGCGGAAUGACUGGCAUCUACAUCGGAAGCUACCUGCAGUCUGUCACCCCCCGUCUUGCUCUUGGCCUUGAGACUCUCUGGCAGCGCCCCGCCCUCACCCAGGGCCCCGAGUGCGCCGUUUCGUACUGCGCUCGCUACAAGGCCGAGGACUGGGUCGCCACCGCUCAGCUGCAGGCUGCCAUGGGAACGCUUAACACCUCAUACUGGCGCAAGCUCUCCGACAAGGUCCAGGCCGGUGUCGACCUGAGCCUCGGUCUCGUUCCUGCUGCCGGCGGUCUUAUGGGCGGCGGCCUCCAGAAGGAGGGCGUCACCACCAUCGGCGCCAAGUAUGACUUCCGCAUGUCUACUUUCCGCGCUCAGGUCGACUCCAAGGGCAAGCUCUCCUGCCUGCUCGAGAAGCGUGUUGCUCCUCCCGUCAUGAUGACUUUCGCGGCCGACGUCGACCACUUCACGCAACAAGCGAAGCUGGGCCUUGGUGUGUCCAUUGAGGCUGCACCUGAAGAGCUGCAAGACCAGCAGGAGGCUCUGGGUGCCCAGACGCCCCCCAACAUCCCCUUCUAA